AAAGCGCCGGGCGCGCGCCUCCCGCUGCCGCACUUUCGCUCUCCGCCGCCGCCUCCCCGCCGCGUCCGGCCUCCGUCCGCCCGCCGCCGGCCAGUGCCAUGGAUGCCAAGGUCUGCGUCGUGCUGGCCCUCGUGCUGACUGCGCUGUGCCUCAGCGACGCCAAACCGGUCAGCCUGAGCUACAGAUGCCCUUGCCGAUUCUUUGAGAGCCAUGUCGCCAAAGCCAACGUCAAGCACCUCAAGAUCCUCAACACUCCAAACUGUGCCCUCCAGAUCGUGGCAAGGCUGAAGAACAACAAUAGGCAAGUGUGCAUUGACCCGAAAUUGAAGUGGAUUCAGGAGUACCUGGACAAAGCUUUAAACAAGAGGUUCAAGAUGUGAGAGGCGCAGGUUGGGUCAGACGCCUGAGGAAGCCUCCCAGUAGGAGCCCAGGUCUGAAACCAGUGUUAGGAAGGGCUUGUAGCCACCCCCCUGCACCCAGGCAGGGCUGAGUGCAUUUCCAAGGGCCUUGUCGCGCACAGUUUGCCUUACUUCACCAUUUGAUUAUGUAGCAGAAUAUAUGGUGUUUAUGUCUCAUUUAGUUUGAUUAUCCAAUGUCACUGGCAACAGAUAGGAACUUAGAUUAAGGCCAUUCUAUUACCUGCUUUGCUGUAUCUUUCCCACGGAACCCCUUAUCUGGCCAGAGGUUCCUGAGCUGUGCAGGCCGGAACCCCAGAACCCCAGAGGGAGGGAGGCUGGCCCACAUCAGCAUGUGGAGAGCCACCGGGAGGGGUGCGCACCAACCAGCCUGGGCAGAUUCUAGUGAAGGCUCCCCUUGGCGAGUGGUGGAGGAGAUAGGUUCUAGGGGGCCAGGCAGGAGGCUCACCCUUCUCGGGGGUGAGAGCAGGGGUGGGCCUUUUUGGUGAGCACCGCAGGGCUUCCCUGAGCUGAGCAGGCAGGAGUGUGAGGCCAGGGUAGGGUGAGAUGCACCCUCCAUCCCGAGCUCUCCUCUACAUCCCAUCACGUCCUUCUCAUCAUUCUCUCUCUCAUCCAUCGUCAUGUGUAUCCAAGGCUGUCUCCGUGACCCCGGAAAAGGACUCUCUCAAGACCAAAGCUUUACUUUAAACUGGGCGCCAAGAAGCAACCCAAAAUGUCUCAUGUCGCCUGGUCCUGAGAUCCCUGUGCACGUCUGUGUCUUGUUUGGAAUACUGUCCCGCGUCCAAUCCUGUGUUUUUGUUCAAAGCCAACGUCCUUGGUGCAUGCGCUGUCACUUCCUUGAAUGCAAAGGCUGCGAGUGAGGAGGUGCUCCUUGGGGCCUUUGACCAGGUUUCUGAUUAGGGCUGUGAUCCGUUUGGACCUUGAUUUCCCCGUGGUCACAAACCCCUGGUUGUAUCAACAGAGCCCAAGGGAACUCAGUUUGCAGCCGUAUGGACCUCCGAGGAUGUAGACCCUCAAGGCAUCUAUAGUUGUUGAUAUCUCAGAACUACAGAGGGUUUUCUUACGGUGGUGUCAGCAUUGUUUGGGGAAUAACAAAAAUUUUUUUUCAACAUUUUUUUGGUUUUGAAAGCCCGACCCGUAAAAUAAUCAAAGCUGAACAUGAGGAUUCCUUCCCAAUUAAAGUCUAACCUCACCUUUCCCCCCAUUUGAUGAUUCCAUCAUCUUUUACCUUGCACAGUGGCCCUGGACCUUCUCUGCUGCCACUGACGUUUUGUGCUUACAGGAUGUCCAGCAGGGCAUUCCUCUUAGAAAAUGAUGGGCUGGUUAGGAAAGUAGCUUACAAAUUCUGACAUUUAGCGUGUUUCCCUUUACUGAGAGCAGUUUGUAGGAUUGCAUUAAACAGUUAAAAAUCUCACUUUCUGGAAAGGUUUAGGCACUUGAAAGGUUUUUGCUUGUUUUGCUUUUCAUUUAGUCUCACUAAUACUUUUCCUCUCUGGUUAAAGUUUCCAGUAAGGUUUUUUAAGUUAAGAAAGUAGGAAAAAAAAAAAAAAAGGGCAAAACCAGGAAAUGUAUCAAUUGACAGGAACUGUAAAUAACAUGCAGAAAGUAUAUAGUUGUAAAAUAAUCUUGAAUUGUAGGUGUUCUCAGAUUUAAUAAUCUCUGAGUUAUCAGUAACAUGUGUUAGGCAUUUCCAUAAAUAUUCCUAUAAAUUAGAUCUUCACAGUAUAUGGCAAAUCCAUCAACCAAACAAAAAUUCACAUCGUCAAACCAGCUUUGUUAUACUGAUUUAAUAGAGUCUGGAGGGGCCUUUAUUAGCUAUAAGGGAUACAGAACUGGUUUCAAAACCCUCUUCUGAAAUUAACCUGUCACUCCAGGGCUCCUGAAUUAUACAUGAAAUGAUCGAAUUGUUAGUGGGAGAGUCGUUUUCUAAGUAAUUCAAGAUAUUUGAAAAUCUCAUGGAAAAUUUAGAAGCAUCUUCCGCUGGAAUCCAUGAACCAGAACCGUUAAAUUUCUUUCUCUUAGAAAAUUAACAUGGCCCUAAAUAAAUCUUGACUGCAGUUAAAUAAAGAAUAAUUUUUGUUUCUCCCCUAUUGAGAGGGAAAUAGAUAAGAGGAGAAACUGCCUGGAAAAUUAUUUGUAUGACAAUUCCUCUCCUCGCAGUCGCUCCUAAGUGGAGACUGCCCAGCUAAAGCAAAUAUGCAUUUAAAUAGUCCAUUUGCACAGGAAAAGACUCUCUUGAUCCCCUUUUGCUUUCAAAAUACAAAUCUUGUGCAUCACUUUGAUUAGGGAGUACCCAGCUGUUCCUCCUGGCCCAGUGCUGCCCCCUCUGACCUUCCCUUGUGCUCUGUGUAACCCCAGGGUGGUCCUCCGCCACCAGCCUUUGCAUCAGGACCCGGGCAGGGAAGACUGGGGGGACAGAGCUCACAGAUGUGCUGCGUGUUGGAAUCUGAAUCUGUGCCUUGUGUUGUUUGCACUGUUCUUUGCCCCACUCUGGCCAGGUGCUAAGACCCCAGCGAGGCUCAGGAGGGGCCCUCCAGAAAAAGGAGGGCCAGCUUUGAGGAGAGGGCCUGCGUAACAGAAGGCUGUAGUUCCCCCGCGUGAAGUCCAGAGACCUUACGCCUUGUCACAGGAUCCAGUCUGACCUGCCUUUUCUGAGUGCUGCCUGGUGUAAUCACCGUGCGAUCUCUCACUGGGCGCUUAUCACCUUGCCCAGGUGGGACACCCUUUUGUAGCUGAAUGAGAAUGGUGGGGUCCUGAUCCCUCUAUGCAUCUUCGCUGGGAAAUUUCCCAUCCCUUGGAAAUAUCCCUUAGAAAAACCUUCAUGUCCCCUAAGGAGACCACCGGCAUUGCCAAGUUGAAAAAUCCCAUAGAUUGUUGUAAUCCUGCAACCUCGCUGGACUCUCAGUCUCUGAGCAGUGAUGGGUUCAGUGUUAAAUGUGAUAAAUACUGUAUUUUGUAUUGUUUAAAUGGCAUCUCCCACAAAAUGUGAAAAUGGUCCCGGAGAAGGCAGCUUCCUGUAUGCAGUGUGCUUUUUUUUUAAAAAAAAAAAAAAAAAACAACAACAACAACAACAAAAAAAACAAGUAACAACUCCUUUUGAGAAACAACAAUUUCUACUUUGAAAUCAUAUCAAUGAAAAGAUGUAUGUGCACUUAUAAUUUUCCUAAUAAAGACAUGUACUC